AUGUCUCCAGAAAGCCUCCAGCUCAGGUGUGACAGAAGAACAAUCAUCGCUCAUGUUGGAGGUGAAUUCCUCCUCACCUGCACAUUUGAAAACAGCUUCUACUUUAACAAGAAGUACUGGUGCCGGGGGGCGUCCAGAGACUCCUGUGAGAUCCUGGCUGAUUCUGAAGGUGUUGCCAGAACUAAAUACACACACAGGUCUCAUGUGGUGGAUUAUCAAAAAAGGGUGUUUGUAAAAGUCACAAACCUCCAGAUUGACGACAGCGGAGAGUACUGGGUUGGAAUUGACAAAGUAUACUCUGACAUCAUGGUUUCAGUCACUUUACAUGUGACUCAAGCUCCAGUUUCCAAACCCAAAGUUUGGCCCUUGAACUCCUUGGAGGACAGGUCCACAUGUUGGGGCCAGCCGGUGACCGUACGCUGUGGCCUUUCAAUCGGAACAGAUGUUCAGUACACCUGGUACUAUCAUAGUCACAACAAGGAGAUUGCGCUUUCCUCCUCCUCAGACUUGACCCUGCACUGUGGCACAGUGAAAAAUGAGGGCGGCCAUUACUGCCUUGCCAGUAAUGAUGUGAGCAGCGAAAAGAGCGACUUCCUGUCUGUGCAGGUGUUGCAACCAGCUGACACAAACUGCAUUUAUGCGGUUCGUCUUGAAGGUCAGCCCACUUACGACUGUGCAGACAGAAUGAGCACAGCAGCGGCGACGACAAAGGCUGCAGUUCCAACGACCUGCCAAAACACCAUCGACCAGCUUCCUCAAAUCAAUCAAACUGAAGAGGAUUUUUUUUUCAGCAGGUGAAAUUAUCCUUUUGAUCUGUACUGUCUUUGAUAGAAGAAACAUGUGAGAGGGAAACCAAAAAAGAAAAACUUCUUAUCUGUUUUUUUUUUCUUUUCUUUUAGAGCAUCUGCUGGCCUACAACUCUGGUACUCAGUUCUGCGUUGGGGUCUUUUUGCAUCUCUGCUGAUAUUUCUGUGUGUAUUCCUCAGAUGUAUAAGAACAAGAAACCUGCAGAACAAUAUAAG